AUGCUGUUGUCUGCGAGCCUCUGCCUCCUCUGGGCCUCCUCCAUCCUCGGAUUUCCAGUGAGCAAAGACAGACAGAAGGUCCUCCUGGUCUCCUUUGAUGGGUUCCGGUGGGAUUACGACCAGGAUGUGGACACACCGAACCUUGACCAAAUGGCCAAGGAUGGAGUCAAAGCCCCGUACGUCACGCCUCCAUACAUCACCAUCACCAGUCCUGCACACUUCACCCUCCUGACAGGACGAUACAUUGAAAACCACGGAGUGAUCCACAACAUGUGGUUCAAUACAUCCACCAACUUCAAGUUGCCUUACUAUCAGACUCAGUUUGUCAAUGAUUGGUGGGACAACGGCACUCUGCCCAUCUGGAUCACAGCACAGCGACAGGGCCUGAAAGCUGGCUCGCUUCACUUUCCUGGCACAGCACCCAGCUACCAGAACGAGGUUGCUAUGGUGCGCGAAGUGGAGCCUUUGUUUUACAACUACAAGAACGAGACAGCUUGGCAAAACAACACAGACAAGGUGAUGGGCUGGUUCAGAGAUCAGGAUCUGGACUUCGUGUCCCUGUACUUCGGAGAGCCAGACGGCACAGGCCACAAAUACGGGCCAGAUUCUCCUCAGCGUAGAGACAUGGUAAAGCAAGUGGACAGAACCGUUGGCUACAUUCGACAGUCAGCUGAGCGGCACGGGUUGACCGACCACCUUAACAUCAUCAUCACCGCAGACCACGGCAUGGCCACAGUGUUUCGUGGUGCUCAGGUGGAAGAAAUCACCCUGUCAAAGAUCCCUGGCUUCUCAUUCCGAGACCUGUCCUUUCAUUUGGUGGACUACGGUCCUUCUGGGAUGCUGCUUCCUAAGCCGGGAAUGCUGGAGAAGGUUUAUAAUGCCCUGAAGAACGCUCACCCAAACCUCCAUGUGUACAAGAAGGAAGAGAUGCCGGAGCACCUUCACUUUGCCAAAAACGACCGCAUCCUGCCCAUCAUUAUAUGGGCUGACCCUGGAUAUGUGAUUAAUGGGUAUUUUCCAGUUCAAUUUCACAAAGGAGAGCAUGGCUUUGACAACCAGGAGAUGGACAUGAAGCCUUUCUUUAGAGCGGUGGGGCCGGUGUUCCAUAAGAACCUCCAGGUUGAACCCUUUGAGACGGUCCACAUCUACUCUUUGAUGUGUCACAUCCUGGGCAUCAAGCCUGAGGUCAAUGACGGCCACCUGAAUGCCACCAGAAGCAUGCUGGUUAGCAGCGGUGAAAACUCAAAUAUUCUUGAAAAGGUUUUCAUUGGACUCGGUGCUGCAGGUGGAUUUCUGGUUGUCGUUUUCAUAGCAAUAACAUCACACAAAAUCCUCAAAAGAAAACGCAAGAAUAAAAGAUCUGAACAUUUAAAAAGUGUUUCAGAAAACAAGGAGACAAAACAAAGUUCACUUUGAUCAUCACAUAAAAAGAUUUCCAGAGACAGCUGGCUGUGGAAAUUCAUCCUGGAUGAUUUGCUUUCAUACCAUCUACCAUCAUACCAUAAAACGUGAUGUAUUACAGAGUUUUUCACCGAGACAACAAAUGAACAAAAAGAAAUUGUGAAAAUUUCUCUUACUAGUUUAGCUACACUCAAUGUUUUUCUGUAGAAUUUUAGUUGAAACCAAUAGUGUGAGUGAAUAAGGUUGAAAGCAUGUUGUAAUGAGCAGACUCACAAUUCUACUCAGUCACUAAAUCAGCUGUGUGAUAUAGAAUGUUAUAAGUUAUAUUUUUAUGCUAAUUAUUUUUGCAGCAAGUAAAAACUCUUCAUAAAUGUAAGGGUGCAGUGCAAUGCAAGGGGUCCAUGGUGCCACCCCUAGUGAAGACAAUUAUAUUCUAACAAAUAUUUUGUUUAAACUGACCUUUACCUGUGUUAUGUUCAGCCCAAGUGCCAGUGAAUGCAGCAUGCAAUGUACUUAAUGUUCUUGAUCAUAAUUCUCAAAGCAAGGUUUUCUUGUUAUCAGUGAAGUAUAAGUUUUUGUGCAGCAGUGAUUAAAGCCAUAUAAUGCAGGAUUAUACUAACUAUACUAUUAUUAUACUAUAAGUAAACAACUGUUUAUGUGAAAAAUGUAAUUAGGAUAUUUGCUUUUACAAAUUUUGCUUUACUUUUUACAUUAGACACCCACUUUAGCUGUACCAAUCUGUUUAUAAUGAUGAUUGUUGCUGUAUUCAUGAAUUAAUUUGGUUCAACAAGACUAGUGGCAGCCAAGUGUCAUAUUACAGCACUCACAGU